GAAAACUAUAACGGGCAACUUCUCCAUAAGCUGCUGAACGAUGGCCAACGGCACUGGGAAUGGACGAAUGGAAAAGCAAACCGAUCACAGUAUCGCCUGUGCCACGGAAAAUGACGACAACCAACCGAAAGAAGGCAUCCCUUUGUCCAGGAAACUGUGCUAUGCCAUUGGAGGAAUGCCUUAUCAAAUGACUGCAAACGCCAAGGGCUUUUUCAUGCAGAUCUUUUUACUGGAUGUUGUGAAAAUGGGAGCAUUUUAUGCAUCCCUCAUUCUCUUCCUCGGUCGAGCUUGGGAUGCUGUUACAGAUCCUCUUAUUGGAUAUGCUGUGAGCAAAAGUGGCCGGACCAGAAUUGGCAAACUCAUUCCUUGGUUAGUGUACUGGGUAAUAUCAGUAUAGCACUACAUCUAUUUCAUUUAGAUAUU